GGGAAGCAGGGCAGCAGGGGGCAAGGAGGCCAGUGGGCCCCAGCGAAUGAAUGACGCGCGCACUGCGAUUAGCGGCCACUGUGCGCUCCCAUUUGACUCUGUUCUCUAAAGUCAACGUCCCACGGAGUUGCACCGCGUUCGUUCCUUGUGCCAGUGAAACCCGUACCAUCCCCAGCCUCCAGUCGCCGCGAUGAAGUACAUCCUGGUCACCGGCGGUGUCAUCAGCGGCAUCGGCAAAGGUGUGAUUGCCAGCAGCGUUGGUACCAUCCUCAAGUCGUGCGGCCUUCAAGUCACGUCCAUAAAGAUAGACCCGUACAUAAACAUCGAUGCCGGAACGUUCUCGCCGUACGAACAUGGCGAGGUGUACGUUCUUGAUGACGGCGGAGAAGUCGACCUCGAUUUGGGAAACUACGAGCGCUUUUUGGACAUCACGUUGCACAGAGAUAAUAACAUAACGACGGGCAAAAUCUACCAGCAUGUCAUCAACAAGGAGCGAAAGGGAGAUUACCUCGGCAAGACUGUGCAGGUUGUUCCUCACAUCACAGAUGCUAUUCAGGAGUGGGUUCAGAAAGUAGCACUUAUUCCUGUCAAUGACUCUAACCAGACGCCGGAAGUUUGCAUCAUUGAGCUCGGAGGGACGAUAGGUGAUAUUGAAGGAAUGCCCUUCGUGGAGGCCUUCCGACAGUUUCAAUUUCGUGUCAAAAGAGAGAACUUCUGCUGUGUCCAUGUCAGCUUGGUGCCACAGCCCAAGAGCACUGGUGAACACAAGACGAAGCCGACACAGGCUAGCGUCCGCGAAUUGCGAGGCUUGGGUCUAUCCCCAGAUUUGAUUGUUUGCCGCAGCGAAAAUGAGAUCACGAAAGCUGUCAAGGAUAAGAUAUCCAACUUUUGCCACGUUGAGCCACGACAGGUCCUCUGCAUGCAUGAUGUGCCAAGCAUCUACCACGUACCCAUUUUCAUGGAGGAACAAGGCAUCGUCGAGCUUUUUGCAGAACGCCUUCACCUUCAGGUUCCAACUCCAAGGCCUCGUCGUCUGAUGUACAAAUGGCGUGACCUUGCUCUCAAGACAGAACGGCUCCGGAGGGAGGUGACCAUUGCACUUGUCGGAAAGUACAUCAAGCUGCAGGACGCCUACUCCUCGGUUAUCAAGGCUCUCCAACACGCUGCACUCGCCUGCAACCACAGACUGAUGAUCAUGUACAUAGAUGCAGAAGAGCUGGAGCCCACUAUGAAAGCUGAACACCCGGUCAAGUUUCACGCUGCCUGGCAGAACCUGUGUAUUGCAGAUGGCAUCAUUGUUCCCGGAGGCUUUGGAAGCCGAGGUGUGGAAGGAAAGAUUGCUGCCAUUGAAUGGGCCCGAAAAAAUAAGAAGCCAUUUUUGGGUGUGUGCCUUGGGCUGCAGUGUGCAGUGAUCGAGUUCUCCCGUAACGUCCUAGGGUGGCAACAUGCUAACUCUGCAGAGAUUGAUUCCAAGACCUCACACCCUGUUAUUAUUGAAAUGCCCGAGCACAAUGUGGGCCAAAUGGGAGGUACGAUGCGUCUUGGGAAGCGAGAGACUAUCUUCAACACCCAGGACUCUUUGUUGAGGAAGCUGUACCACAAUGCGGAGAAAAUCGAAGAAAGGCAUCGACACCGGUACGAGGUGAACCCCUCCUAUGUCCCCGAGCUUGAGCAGGCUGGCCUGAAGUUUGUUGGCAAGGACACCUCAGGGAAGCGGAUGGAAGUGAUAGAACUGUCUG